UUCCCUCUCUACAUCGCUUUAUCAUCGUCUUGCCCUCUUCCCCUUCGUGCUCCUGUCCUGUCUUCCUCUUCUUCAUUUGUAGCAUUCGAUUGCCGCAUAACUACGCAUAACCUGUUCACACUUUCCCCUCGCUCCUGAACCGAAACUCAGACCGAUAAGUGCCUGAUCAUGGGCAACUCAAAGUCCCGCCCAGCAGGGACAAAGUCUCGGGGCAAACACUCAAAGCUCCCUGGCUCAGGCCGAUCCAGCAAACAGAGCCACGCCAACCAACAACAACCGCUGCCGAACGACAGUGGACACUACUCUAUCCACGGCUUCAUGGCUUCGUCGUCCUCGCCCAUUGACCGUCCAGAGACCCCCGUUGGUGGAGGUGGGCCAGGAUCUGGAACUGGAUUGCCUGGAGUAGUAGGCAGUUUGCCCUGGAACCAUCCAAAUAUGUCGAGCCCAGGACGAUUGGACCAACAGGAAAAGACCUCGGACUCAAGCCUGCAUUUCCAAUACAGCUCAAAGGUCAAACAUGGUGCAGCCCCUAACCCAGCCACGGCUGGAACCAAUGGCCAUAUCCACAGCCAUGAGACCAGCCUACGAACUUCAGGAUUGGGAUCGAGGGCGACGAUGGUCUUGGGCAUCGGUGCGGGAGAAGAGGCUGCAGCACACGGCUACAGCAACACCAAUACGAUUCACAACACGCCGUCGAGUCAGGAGAUGAUGAUGUCAAUGCACCACCAACAGCCGCAGCCCUUGUAUCAAGGUGCAGACCCCAGACCUUCGUCUGCUUCUCCACAUCAGUCUCAUGGAAGGACUUCGACCUUUCAUCCUAAUCACACUCAACAGCAGCAGCAACAGCAGCAACAGCGCCCGAUGCAAGCCCCGGUCCCACCCUCAACGGUCCCUUUUUUGGAGGACGAAAACGCAACUGAAAAUGCUCCUGGAGGCAGUCUUGGUGGCGUGGUCUCCUCUGUCGCUGCCAUGAACCUUGGUGAUGUUAUCCCUAUGCACAACCGGAUCAAUAUCAUUAUCAACUGCAGCAACAACAACAACAGCAACAGGCACAACUCAAGCAGCAGCAGCAGCAGCAGCAGCAGUAUCAAGCACAACCUCGUCUAACAACUACAUACCCCUCCGAAAGAGACCAGCGACCACCUGCUGGUGCCAACUUUGGAAAGCCGGCAGACGCUCUCGCAAAUGCAGGUCCGCUGAUCGACAGUGGCAGUUCUUUACAGCGUCCACCGACAGUGGACCAGGUCUUUGCUCGUCUGGCAAAACAGUUCCCGACCAACCC